AACGAGAUGAUAAAACGUAAACAUCCUAGAUUGUAUAAAUACUGAUAAAACUGAAAUGUGGACAUCAGAUACUCAGGAUUCACUGUUGUAGUCACUACUAUCUCAAUACAAACCUACAAAAAUGAUGAAGCUGGCAGUAUUCCUGGCGCUGGUGGCGGCGGCGGCGGCGGGCGACGCGAGCAGCUUCUCGUACGGCGUGGCGGACCCGCUCACCGGGGACUUCAAGAGCCAGGUGGAGAGCCGCGCCGGGGACCAGGUGACCGGCCAGUACUCGCUGCUGGAGGCCGACGGCUCCCGGCGCACCGUGGACUACGCGGCCGGCGCUGAGGGCUUCAACGCCGUCGUGAGGAAGGACCCGGCCGUCGUCGCCGCCGCGCCCGCCGCCUACGCUUACCCCGCCGCGCCCUACGCUUACCCCGCCGGCUUCCCGUACGCCUACUCUGGAGCGUACCCCUAUGCCUACUCCGGAGCGUUCCCCUACGCUGCUGCGCCUUACUACGGAUACUCCACCGCUCCUUUCUACAGUGCCUGAAUCAGUCAACAGAUUUUGUAAAUAUUUGGUCUCGUUAAGAGUUUUGUAAAUAAAUUCUAAA